AUGUCUGAGCAGCUCAUCCUCAAGGGCACCCUCGAGGGCCACAGCGGCUGGGUCACCAGCUUGGCCACGUCCAUCGAGAACCCGAACAUGCUCCUGUCCGGCAGCCGCGACAAGUCGCUGAUCAUCUGGAACCUCACCCGGGACGAGUCGCAAUACGGCUACCCGAAGCGGUCUCUGCACGGUCACUCGCACAUCGUGUCUGACUGUGUUAUCUCUUCCGAUGGCGCCUACGCCCUGUCUGCGUCGUGGGACAAGACCCUGCGCCUGUGGGAGCUUGCCACCGGCACGACCACCCGGCGGUUUGUCGGCCACACCAACGACGUCCUGUCCGUGUCCUUCUCGGCCGACAACCGGCAGAUUGUUUCCGGCUCGCGCGACCGGUCUAUCAAGCUGUGGAACACCCUGGGCGACUGCAAGUUCACCAUCACCGACAAGGGCCACGCCGACUGGGUGUCGUGUGUGCGUUUCUCGCCGAACCCGCAGAACCCCGUCAUUGUCUCGGCUGGCUGGGACAAGCUGGUGAAGGUCUGGGAGCUUUCGACCUGCAAGCUGCAGACUGACCACAUUGGCCACACCGGCUACAUCAACACCGUCACCAUCUCCCCCGACGGCUCCCUGUGCGCCUCUGGCGGCAAGGACGGCACCACGAUGCUGUGGGACCUGAACGAGUCCAAGCACCUGUACUCGCUCAACGCCAACGACGAGAUCCACGCGCUCGUCUUCUCGCCCAACCGGUACUGGCUGUGCGCUGCGACGGCGUCAAGCAUCAUCAUCUUCGAUCUCGAGAAGAAGACCAAGGUGGACGAGCUCAAGCCCGAGUUCCAGGCCGUCGGCAAGAAGAGCCGCGACCCGGAGUGUGUGUCGCUGGCCUGGAGCGCCGACGGCCAGACGCUGUUCGCCGGCUACACCGACAACAUCAUCCGUGCCUGGGGCGUCAUGUCAAGGGCAUAA